AUGGUUCAACGUUUGUAUGCCAAAAACGGAGGGUGGAUUAGGCCUGAGAAGUUUAACUACAACGGUUCCUUGUGGGCACUAUUUCAUAGGCAGCAUCACACAACUAACAUAAGCUUCUGGGCAGUGGAAGAAUCGGCCUCAGACUCUUGGGUUUGGAGGCAGCUCCUAAAGAUCAAAGCUGAAGGGAUUACUUUUAUAAAGCCACUGCUUGGAACAGGUCAUAAAAUCAGCUUCUGGUAUGAUGCUUGGACUCCAUUUGGCCAGUUGAUACGCUUUCUAGGCGACAGGGGGCCUUCACAACUUCGGGUCCCUAUUAAUGCCUCAGUAGCAGAAGCUUGCUCUCCAUACGGGUGGUCUCUUCCGUCUCCGAGAUCUAAUGAAGCUCUGGAACUCCAUAUUUAUCUGACCAGCAUCCAAUGCCCUACAUUCUCUGAAGUCGCUGAUUCAUAUGUCUGGGCCACAACUGUAAGAGAGGAGCCGAGAUUUAAUGCGCGAAAUACAUGGCAUGACUUGAGACCUUCUCUACCAACUCAACCCAAUAUUGAUGUUAUAUGGUUUAAAGGAGCUGUUCCAAGGAACAACUUUACCAUGUGGGUGGCAAAUAUGGACAGGUUACCGACGAGAGCAAGAUUGGCUUCUUGGGGCCUUCAAAUCCCAACAGCUUGCUGUCUAUGCUCUGCUCUUGUUGAAACAAGAGAUCAUCUAUUUAUCACCUGCAAUUACAGUUCUGAAGUUUGGCACCUAUCUAUCGCGAGUUUGAACCCGCCUAACACGUUGUUCUGCUCAUGGCCUGAGCUUUUUUCAUGGAUCAGAAGAACCUCUGCAACGGUUCCAGCUCUACUAAAGAAGCUCGCAGCCCAGUGCGUCAUUUAUCAUCUCUGGAAGCAGAGAAACAAUGUUAUCCAUAACCAGAUCACUCAACCUCCAUCAGCAAUAUACAAACUCAUUGAUAGGGAAAUGCGCAACACCAUAACUGCUAGGAGGAACAGGAAGCAAUUCCAAGACCUCAUGGCCAAGUGGAUGCACUAA